AACCCUAGCAUAGCUGGUUUUUCCUUUCCCUCUGAGCAUUAAGCAUUAGCCAGGCGGAGUUCGUAGCUAUGGUGGAAAUCCCAGAUGAGCUCCUUCAAGUCUUCAUCUCUCUAUCCCGGCGGAACCCUAAGCUCGUUGACGGCGCUACAACAUUGAUCGUGCUCCACCUCCAUCCCUUCCGGUACUGUUUCUACUCUCCUCAUCUUUCGAAUUUCAUCCGCCAUUGCCACUAGUAGAUAUCGAUUCAACUCUUUAACGGCGAAUUCUUUCAAUCCAAAUGGUUUCCAAGACUGUAGCCUCCGCUAUUUCUUCCUCUCUUUUGCCAGCUCCGUCGAAAGGCAAGCUCUCGUCUCUGUUUACUCACCCAACAAUAAUUGCAUCUUCAAAACCCCAAAAUCCAUCUCCAAUUUCUGCCGAAUCCCCGCCUGUCAUCUCGAAACCGCCAAAUUCGAAUGUUUCACCGGAAGUUUCGCUGGAAAAGUCAACUACAGAGAUUUCGUUUCAUGAACGGCUUCGGACGUUCCUUCAGAAUUGCAAGACGGGUAAUUUUACCGUAUCAGAAGCAUUGCAAUUUUUUGACCUAAUGAUGCUUGCGAAUCCUACCCCUGCAAUGUCUUCAUUCAAUCUUUUACUUGGUGGACUUGCUAAGACUAAGCACUACUCUGAGGUUUUGAAGCUGUAUUAUAGAAUGAGCUUAGCCGGACUUUUGCCUAAUUACAUCACGCUUAAUAUUUUGCUUAAUUGCCUUUGUAAUGUGAAUCGGAUUAGCGAAGGUCUAGCAGCCAUGGCGGGGAUUAUAAGGAGAGGUUAUGUUCCCAAUAUAGUGACAUAUACGUCCCUGAUUAAGGGCUUGUGUAUGGAGCAUAGGAUUAGUGAAGCUACACGGCUGUUUAUGAGAAUGCAAAAGUUGGGUUGUAGGCCAAAUGUGAUUACUUAUGGGACUUUAAUCAAGGGACUUUGUCAAACGGGUAAUACUAACAUUGCACUUAAGUUGCAUGAGGAAAUGCUCAAUGGGACUGGUCGAUACGGCAUUAGUUGUAAGCCUAACGUUAUUUGUUAUAGUACCAUUAUUGAUGGGCUCUGUAAAGAUGGGCGGGAAGACAAGGCAAGGGAACUUUUUGAGGAAAUGAAAGCUCGGAGAAUGCUUCCAGAUGUGAUUUCUUACAGCUCUUUGAUUCAUGGAUUUUGCAAUGGUGGAAAGUGGGAGGAGGCUAAAUGUUUGUUCAAUGAGAUGGUGGAUCUAGGUAUUCAACCAAAUGCCGUCACAUUUAAUGUGUUGAUGGAUAUACUUUGCAAGGCAGGAAAGGUUAUCGAGGCCAACAAGUUGCUAGAGGUGAUGAUUCAGAGAGGUAAUGUUCCUGAUUUGUUUAUUUAUAAUACAUUGAUGGAUGGGUUCUGUUUGGUUAGUGAUCUAGAGAGUGCAAGGGAACUGUUCCUUAGUAUGCCAAGUAAGGGGUGUGAACCUAAUGUGAUUAGCUACAAUGUGCUAAUCAAUGGGUAUUGCAAAAAUUGGAAGGUGGAAGAAGCAAUGAAGAUUUACAAUGAAAUGCUUCAAGUGGGCGUUAAACCUUCUGUGAUAACAUAUAAUGCCCUGCUAACGGGUCUUUUUCAGGCCGGGAAGGUUGAUGAUGCAAAGAAAAUAUUCGGUGUCAUUCAAGCUCAUGGUUUGGUGCCGAGUUCAAGUACAUUGAGUAUCUUUGUAGAUGGGCUGUGUAAGAACGAUUGUUUGUUAGAAGCAAUGGAAAUUUUUAACGAGCUUUCAUACAACUUGAAAUUGGACAUUGAUAUCUUUAAUUGUCUUAUCGAUGGCCUAUGUAAAGCAGGGAAACUUGAAACAGCUUGGGAGUUCUUCGACAAAAUUUCCCGUGAAGGGUUUCUGCCAAAUGUUGUGACCUAUUCCAUUCUAAUCCAUGGGUGUUGUAAAGAAGGACAAGUAGAAAAGGCAAAUGAUUUAUUUCGAAAGAUGGAAGAAAAUGGUUGUACGCCCAAUGUAAUCACCUACAAUACACUUCUCCGUGGUUUCUACAAAAGUAAUAAACGAGAGGAAGUGGUUGAGCUUCUUCAUAGGAUGGUUAACAAAAACGUGGUGCCAGAUGCUUCCACCUGCACCAUAGUCUUAGACAUGCUUUCCGAAGACGAAAAGUAUAGGGGAUGUUUGAACUUGCUUCCAACGUUCCCUGUCCAAGAUUAUCGAGGUUGAUGACAACAAUUCAGAAAUAUCUAUUGACUGAUAAGGGAUUAUGCUUGAAAUUUCAGAUAAGCUUGAUAAUCAGAGCAUAACGUUUGGAAAUUCGAAGCUCUGUUGGUUUCCCUUGUUGGAUGUGUAGCAGCUACCCAUAAGUUGAGCAAAUUUUGAGUUCUCAUGAUGAACUUGCCUUGACUUCUGCCUCAUGCAUACAUGUCUAACCCCAGCCAGGUGUUCUUGGCUGUAAGCAAGGUUCAUUAUUCUACUAGAUCUCUUAUUCAUAAUAGUCUAGAGGCAAAGCCACCUUAAGGUCUUUGAUCAUCACAAGUUUGAAUAGACUACUUUUUCUGAGUUAGAUAUAUAGUUGUGAAGCCAACUUCUUAUGGGUUCAAACGUUUUGGCUGCCGACUUAAGAUGUUGAAUAUCUCCUAUAACUAUAAGCUCGAGUGGAGGAACAUUAAUGUCAUGUUCAAUGUCUACAACUCGCUGUAUGGUACAAAUAAGGAUGAAGAAUACGUCAGUCGUUCUCUCUUGCUUGAAAUCGAUCCAUUCAGAUAGAAACUCAGAGUUAAGAGCACCUGGUUCAAAAAGAAAAGCUUCAAUCAAUCAACAAUCACACAAGGAAAAGAUUCAUGGUGAAGGCAGAAAACAGAAUGACCCAGCAACUUCUUCCCCUCAGGUAUAAUAAGGGUCACAGGAGCUCAAUGUCCAUUAUCCUUUGACAUACUGACAUAUAAUGAAAGAUUUUUUGAACAUAUUGCCUAAUGGGUAAAUUUUGUGGCCAUGAUUUGAGCCUUUCAUUGAGAUUAUCUGCAAAUAUUCAGUUCAGCACGUGUACUGCUUCACUAGAACAUGACCUCUUUUGUUUUCUACUCUCUGUUCCUUGAUAUGAAAGAGUGGAGAAUAUUUCCUCUGUU